GUGAUUUAGGCAGCAGUUAAAGGGUGAAUUGAGCACUUCUCCCAGACAUUCACAAUGCUUGUGUUCUUUCACGUUAUGGCUCGUGCUUCCUUUAGCGCAACAGUCAUCGCCUUGCUGCCGCUAUCUCUCGCUGCAUCGCAGGAAAGCAGCGAUGUGCCAGAUAGCUUUAAGAUCUUUCAACAAUUUCCUUUCGCUGUAGCGAUCUCUGAUAGCGACAACGACAGCAUCUUUGAAUGCCUCACGGCCAAAAGAGCUUGGAUUGACAUGGAUACCAAGACGGGUGAAUAUAUCUGGCUGUUGAAGGGUCACAAUGACAACCCGAAAAAAACCAUUCCCUUCUAUGUAGCCGAAGGACAAAGCCCCGACACAUUCCUAUUCAUGGAGGGCUCAGACGACGCUCCAGCGAAGGUUGGGAAGUUCUACUACGCUGACUACAAAAGCUGCGGGGUCCUUGACGUCCCUUACAAUGGACGCCAAUGCAUAUUGUGGGCAGAAGAAACAAUGAAAGACGAACUUCCUCAGGAAUGUCUGGAUCAAUUCAAAAAGCACUGCGGCGUAGGCAUUCCCCUUUACCAAAAGGACCUCUGUGCAGAGAGCGAAGUCACGAACUGGUGA